AUGAAGAUCCAAUCAAUUGUACUAGUGCUUGUUUUGUCAACAUAUGCUGUUGCAGCAAAGAGGCUACGAGAGCAAGCUGCAGUGAACGAGCAUGACCGCCAACUCCAAGAGAAGAAUCCCAACAAACGAAUCAAUUGGGGAGAUGGCUUGGAUAACAUAGGAGAUGGAGGCUUCUUAGAUGAUAUCAAAGAUGGAUUUGACGACUUGCUUGAGAACAUCACAGAUGCGUUUGAUGGCAACAAUUUGGGAGAUGGAAUUGGUGACCUUAUUGGAGAUUUCACCGAUGGCUUUGAGUGGCCUGAAAGCUGGCCCAAGUUGAAUGACGGAAAGGUCGAUUGGGAAAAUUUCACCAAUUGGAUCAACUUUGAUUUCAAUAACUUCACUUGGGAUCUCAUUGAUUGGGAUAGCAGCACAUGGGACGACUUCCGCGGCGAUAUUGAUCUUAACAAUCCAGAUAUCGACUUUUGCUCUAUCCUUGAGACUGCUGUCGGUAUUGGAAAGGGAUUUGGAAUCGAAGGAAACUGCCGUUGCAAAGACAACGGCGAUGGAGACAUUGCCAUCGGAUGUGAUUUCCAAAAUGAAUGCUACAGCUCAAGCGCUCUUUGCGGUGAAGUCAACUUGAAUUAUACUAUGAGUGAUGAAAUUGCCGUCAGUGCCUGUGUGGAUUUUGAAGGUGAUUCCUAUCCAGAGGUUUGUUUCGACUACGCGUACAACAUGUCUGGGCAGGGGGCACAUACUUGUUCAGCUUCCUAUGGGGGCAAUACAUGCGAGUGUGCACUUGAUGGCUUUUGCCUCAGUUUGGACUGUAGCAUGUUCCUUCCAGGAGCAGCCUUUGACUCUUGCCAGCUUUUGGAAACGGUUACGGAGGGAGAUAUCAUUUCUUGGUUGCCAGAAUUCCCUGCUUUUGGCGACAACUUCUCUCAAGUCUUUGACAAUAUUGACUGGGAUGUUAUCGACUGGGGGAAUCUAGACACUGAUAAUUUCAAUCCAGGUGAAAUUGAAUGGGGUUCGAAUGCAAGAGAGCGCCGAUUUGGUGACAUUAUUAACGUGAAUCCAGCCGACGACUUGAUGUGUCCUAUCCUUCAGAGCUUCAUCGGAAUGAGUACUGAGUUCAAUUCCGCCGGUGGCUGUUCGUGCGGGGCUAGCGAUGGCGAGGAACAAGGGUUGUCAAUGGACUGCAAGUUUGAAAAUGCUUGCGUGGAUGAAAAGACCUGUGCGUCCAUUGGAGUCUCGUUCGAGUUUGUAAAACUAGGCGGGGUUCAAACAGAAGCCUGUGUCAACUUUGCCGAUGACGGUCAUCCAGAGACAUGUUUCGCCUUUGAAGUUGAUGUUGCAGAGACUUCCGCCCCCACUUGCUUCGCAACGUAUGGCGGAAAGGAGUGCAAAUGUUCAAUUGAAAAUCUUUGUCUCGCAGUCGACUGCUCUGAGUACGAACCUACUGCUGUUGUUGACACCUGUCAACAAAUUGACUUUGGUAGAAUGGAUCCCAUUUCUUUCAUUCCUCGUUUUGCAGAACGACGUGAUGCAAGCGACAUACAAAACGAUGGAAAUGGUGACAGCACGUCUAAAAACCGAGAAGCCGAAUCAUCAGCGACAGUACGAGCAACAAUAUUCGCUUCACUUUUGGUGUUGCUUCCAUUGCUGUUAUAG